AUGAAGCGGAUGGAGAAAGCGCCCUCGAAGGUCACCUGGGGUGACUUGUACUCCAGGCAGUCCAGCCUGGGUGAGGAGUCCGACCAGAGGGCAAUUGGGAACUACUGUGAGUUAUUCGCUGCUGCAGUGGGCAACGUAGAGUGGUUGCGGUUCUGUCGGAAUCGGAGCAUUGGGGAAAUUCCGGCAGACAGUAAGGGCUUCACCGCCAUCCACUUUGCAGCCCAGCGAGGCAAGCUUGCAUGCCUACAGAUCUUGGUGGAUGAGUACAAGUUUCCUGUGAACCAACCCACCAACAAUGGCCAGACCCCCUUGCACCUAGUUAUCCACAGGGACAACAAGACCAUGGUCCUCCCCUGCAUUCACUAUCUGCUCAGGAAAAAGGCAACUAUCAAUGCUCAAACACAAAAUGGCUAUACGCCCCUGCACAUAGCAGCCCGGGAGGGCCUACUGAGCUGUUUGAAGGUUCUGGUAGAGAAUGGUGCCAAUGUCCAUGCCCAAGAUGCUAUGGGCUGCAAACCCAUCGACUUCUGCAAAAUAUGGAACCACCGUACCUGUGCUCGGUUCUUGAAGGAUGCCAUGUGGAAACGGGACAAGAAGGACUUUGCCCAUGAGAUGGGGAAUCUGAAGAGGCUCAAGGACAGGCUGGUCGUCUUGGAGCAGCAUUACCUAACUGAGUAUCACAAAGAGCAUAAAUCCCUAAAUGAAGCCAAUUUCAAGAACUGGCUCCACUGCAAGCUAUUGUUGGCCCACAAUACCAAGCAGGAGUCUGAUGUCUUGCACUCAGCCACUGACCUCACAAAGAUCCCCGAGAGCCCCGGGUCACAGCCUUCUAAGAAGGCUUUCCUGGAGGUGAACCUGCGAUACUUGUCACAGCCAACACUGCAGCCUGUGGCAGCACCAGCACCUUUCCUGUGCAGGCCACCUGUAGUCAGGCGGCCCAAGGUGUGGGACCAAAACAACAACCCUGCCAGAUGCCCCAUCACCCAGAUCAGCUACCCACAGGGCAUCCGCCUGGGCGUGCAGCCAGACCCCACCCAGGAGCAUGACUUAAGUAACUUCGUGAAAGUGAGCCCCGAUAGGCACGGAGGUGCACGGCUGCACACAGUCACCGGCCACCUGGUGGUGCCCGUGCCCCAGCUGCCUUUUGAAGUGGUGGUCCGGGAGCUCUACCCCUCACAGAAGCCUUACAGGAUGAAGGUGCCAGAGGGCUUCUAUCCCAACAGCAUAAAGGAUGUGCCCCAGAAGCGGAGACUGGGCAAUAACACCUUUUGCACAGACACUCUGGCCAUGAACCUGCGUGAGACAUUUGAUGAAACCUUCCUGACAGCCCUGCGCGUUCAUCAAGGACUCCCUGUCCUGCCCUCCCCCAAAGACUCCCCAUAA